AAAACUUGUUGAUAACAAAAAUAGGACAAGCAUGGCUGACAUGAAAGACAGUAAUGGUAACCAUGCAGUCAUUGCUUUCUCGGUUGCAGAUGAUGAUAUGCAUAAGCCUAGUGAUGAUUCUGUCGCGGAUGAAACUUGUUUCGUUACUCUUCCCUUUUUACAGAAGGUGAUUGCAGAGUUUUUUGGCACGUUUUUUCUUAUAUUCGUGGGGGAUUGCGCUGUGAUAGUAAAUAUGUCAAAGAACGGCGUAAUUACAUUGCCAGGAGUUGCCAUGGUUUGGGGACUGGCUGUUACGGUGAUGGUUUACACAAUUGGACACAUUUCCGGUGCUCAUAUUAACCCUGCUGUCACCAUUGCUUUUGCAUCUGUCAACAGAUUUCCGUGGAAGGAGGUACCAGCUUAUGUUGCAGCACAAAUUCUUGCGGCUACAUUAGCGAGUGGAAGUCACCGGUUGCUUUUUCAGGGAUCGGAAAACAAAUAUCCCGGAGCAUUCCCAUCUGGGUCAGAUCUGCAAUCUUUUGUGAUGGAGUUUAUAGUAACAUUCUUCCUCAUGUUUGUUAUAUCUGGGGUGGCCACUGAUAACCGAGCUGUUGGUGAACUUGCUGGGCUUGCAAUUGGAGCUACCGUGUUGCUUAACGUGAUGAUUGCUGCGCCAAUAACAGGAGCAUCAAUGAAUCCAGCAAGGACUCUGGGGCCAGUGUUUUUGGCAAGCCGCUUCGACAAGGUCUGGAUAUACUUACUGGGUCCAAUUUUUGGAGCCAUAGCUGGUGCUUGGGCUUACAAUAUCAUCAGAUUCACAAACAAACCACUCAGAGAAAUCACAAAGACUGCUUCCUUCCUAAAAAAGUAGGGCUGAGACUAUAUCCUAAUGUAUCAAUAAAAAUAGUCCUGCUUGUUCUCUAUGCAGUGAAGUUGCAAAUAAGCAUAUGUUCAAGUUUAAUAAAUAUCAGAGUUUCUGUUUGGAGUCUGCUAAUUUGUUGUCAACU